AUGUUCGUCUACCUGAACAAGUUUGAAGAUCCAGAGGCUUUCGAGAACCGCGCACUGCUCUUAAUUGACUGGUUUGAGCGGACCGGAGAUCGUCCUCUUUUCCUUCGCAUCUUCUUCGACGAAACAAAUUCCAAUGCAUCACACCAUAUGAAGAAUCUGGGUCAAGUCAUCGGCAUCAUCAACAGAUACUCCGCACGAUGGGCCAAGCUCGAGCUUCAAAUUCCAUUCACCUUGAUACCCGUUCUGUGUGGGGACGGAAACGGUGCGCCAGUGUUGAAGUGCUUGGAUAUCGGGUACCCCUGGCACGACGAUGAAAAAUGGUCUCUUCCCAACGGCGAGAUCUUCAGUAUCGCCAACUUCACGGCUUCCCCCCCAAAGCUGGAGAACGCAUUUAUGCCCCUCGACACGAUACUCGUCGAUUGGUCUCACGUCACAGACGUCCAAUUCAAUCAAAUGACCGCGGUCGAGCUCCUUACUCUCCUUCAGCGGGCUCCACGGAUUUCGCGGUGUAGCGUCGAGCAUAUCAUGCAACACCGUAGCGACAACCCUUUCCGUCAUUCGAUUGUUCAUCAUAACUCCCUCAUUGACCUUCAUCUCCGCAUUGUCAUAACAAGUUUAGCAAAUUUAGUCUUCCAGCAUCUGGCGCUUCCGGUCCUCAGAACGUUCGCAUACGAAGGUGACCUCGAAGCACUCACUGCACUUAUGGUGCGGUCCACGCCUCCUCUCACGGAUUUCCACCUUUUCAGUCGCGGCUCAAAGGGAUCGAAUGGGGAAGUGCCUCUUCAACUGAUACAAGCACUUUCAUCCCUCGAGACGCUCUACAUCGGCACCGGUCGCCUUCCAGAAAACUUCUUUGACAUCCUUUCCAUCCCACAAUCCAGCUCUGAUGCUAAAAGUCUGCCCACGUUCUUACCCCAUCUUCGACGCUUCAGUUACAGCCAUGGAAACCCGACAUUUGGAUGGCCUUCUGUCGCGAAAGCUAUUGCCUCACGAGCCGACGUGGUUAGCGAGGAUGGCGAACUGCUCCUUCAAUCCGUGAAAUUCAGAUUUCGGAAGAUCGAAAAGACCUCGCCGGCGUACUAUAUCGACAAGAAGUCCGUCAAGCAAUUCCUUUCUGCAAGGGACCGAGGGAUUGACCUCCGAAUCAUGAAUGGCAUCACGGAGGAAGACAUGAUCGACUAUUCUGAGCGGUAUCACAAGCAACGUAUGUUUCGGCGGCAUGUAUGA